UUUGAUAGAGUUGGCAGCACCACAUGUUAUUGGAGCACUGCGUUUCGUUUUAAACAAUUAUAAUUCAGUUUAAUUAAAGCAUGUUGUGCACACGCGCAGCUGCGAGGCUUGGAAGUGUCUUGACCACAUCAGGACUUGUAGCGCACCAAACGUAUACGCAUCGAGUGGCAGCAGCUGCGGCAGUAAGAUUCACUGAGCAAUGUCGACUCUGUUCCACUGGUGUUGUGGACAGCCCGGGAAAAACAACAAAACAAGCUACGGAAGAUGGUAGCAUAUUGAAACGUGUUCUCAACAAAGUGGGCUUUACGCCCAAUACAAAAGCCCGCCUCAAGGUUACGAGUCAUCUCCUGUAUGAGAGUGUGGCGGACAAGAUCAACUACGUUGCCUUCUUUCGCGAUUUUAAUUUGCCCAACACGUUUAACUCCUGGUUCCUAGUCACUGAGUUGCAUGUCUGGCUGCUUAUGCUGCGUUCAAUGGCCGAAGGAUCAGAAACUGGCGAGGAUGGACGGUUCCUGAGGAACUGUAUCGUCGAGGCAAUGUGGGGAGAUGUAAAUACACGUGCCAAGAAACUGGGAGCCAAUAAUCCCUCUCAAACGAGGAAGCAAAUUGAGACUCUCUCGGAACAGUUUCAGGCCGCUCUCAUUGCCUACGACGAGGGCAUCAUGUCCGAUGACCGAGUGCUGGCAUCUGCUCUUUGGCGUCGCUUCUUCGAAAUGGAUUGUGAGGAUUACGCUCAAAUUGAGCGUCUGGUCAAGUAUGUGAGGAAACAGGCACUUAUGUUGGAUAGUUUAAGUCGCGAUCAGUUCAUAACAAAGCCAAACGUGGCUUGGCAUGAUCUGGACAAGUGCAAAGUGGAUGCAUAGAAAAUGUUUUUUUUCUUUUAGUUU